AUGGCCCCGUCGCCGGCAGCAGGAAAGACCGGGGACGCCCCCCCGCGAACGCCGACGAAGCUGGGUCGCAAACCACAGUCUAGUAACACAUCGCGACUAGGCCAAAAACCAUCAUCAUCUCCCGCCGCAGACCAGAAGAAGCCAUCCACUCCUUCAGCGCCUAAGACGGAGAAGCCAGAGACCGAUUCUCCGAAGCUGCCACCCCGACCGUCAGGUGACGAUGCGAAGGAGCAAGCCGAGGACACCACAAAGCAGGCCGGUGAUGCUGGCGAGCAAGCCAGUGAACAGGCCAGCGAGAAAGCCGGUGACGCCAGUGAGAAAGCCGAGGACGCCAAGGAGAAAGCUGGCGAUGCCAAGGACACGGUCGAAGAAGAGACAAGUAAAGUCGAGAUGAAGGACACUAGCGAAGCUGGCGAUGACGACGACGCCGACGACGAAGCUACCGAAGAGCCUAGCGGCAAGGUAUCGCAAGCCGCCGGUGACCUCUCCGAGGCAGAGCCGAAGCCUGUGGAUGAUGAUGGUGCCGAAGACACCACCGCCGGAGCCGAAGAGAAGGCAGACGACGCUGAGGAUGACGUCGAAGACACCGCGGACGAUGCCACCGAGAAAGCUGGCGACACAGCAGAAGGUGCCGAGUCUGAUGUCGAAGACACUGCCGAAGAGACCGCGGAUGACACCGCGGACGAUGCGACAGAGAAGGCCGGCGAAACCACCGACACAACGACCGACGACGCCCAGGAUAAAGCCGAAGAUACUGCUGAUGACGCCCAGGCGCAGGCGGAUGAUGCUGCCGAUGACGCCCAAGAGCAGGCUGACGACGCUACCGAGGACACCCAGGAGCAGGCCACCAGCGCUGUCAGUGGUGCUCAAAAAGCGGCUGGCAGUGCGAAGGGUCCUGCUGAUAAGGCCUCCCAAGAGCCUGAGAAGGCAGUCGCCGAUGCCCCCAGCGAUGCCAAGGACACUGCUGAAGAAGCUGCUGAUGACGCAGAAGAGACAGCUGAGGAUGCUGAAGAAGCUGCCGAUGCUGACGACGCUACCGCUAAGGCAAAGGACACCACUGGGCAGGCGCAGGACGUUGCCGAGGAUGCUCAGGACACUGCCGAGGAUGCUAAGGACACCGCUGAGGAUGCCGCUGAUGAUGCGAAGGAUGUCACCAAUGGCGAGGUCGAGAGCCCUGAGGGGAAACUUGACGACGCCAAAGACACUGCUGAAGGUGCCGAGGACAAGGCUGAGGAGGCCGCUGACGACACCAAAGAUAAGACCGAGGCAGAGGUUGAUGGUGCUAAAGAUGAAGCCGAAGGUCUUGCAGGCGAAGCUGAUGACGCCGUAAAUGGCGCCAAAGAGGAUGCUGGAGAGGAUGCUGAGGAGACCGCCGAGGACCAGCAACCCAGCGUGCCGGGCCUUGAAAUCCUUAAGGGCCUCUCACCUAAUGAGGAAGGAUUGGUACUGGAUAAGGACGGCAACGCCAUCGGUAAGCUCGUAGAGGGCGAUGCCGAAGAUCUCGUCGGUUACCCCAUCGCCGAUGAGGGAGAAAUCCUUGAUGACGAUGGCGAUCUCGUUGGACGAUGCGAGCUCCUUCCGGAAAAGAUCCAGGCACUCAAGGACGAAGCCGAGGCUCAACAGAAGGACCAGGAAGAAGACGAAGCCGAUGCCGAUGAUGUUCAGCUUCCCGACGUUGAUAUCCUCGAAGGUCUCGCCCCAGAUGCCACCGGCUUGGUUCUCAACGACGAAGGGGACACUGUGGGCAAGAUCGUUGAGGGUGAUGUCGAGGAUCUCCAAGGCAAAACCAUCAAUGCGAGCGGCGAAAUUCUCGAUGAAGAUGGUAAUGUCAUCGGACGUGCCGAAGUCCACGAAGAGGCUGCCGCCCUUGUUGACCAGGCUGAGGAUGCUGCGGAUCGUGCCGAAGACGCUGCAGAUGGCGCUGAGGACGCCGAGGGAGCCGCCAAGGAUGCCGCGGAAGAUGCCAAGGAGGGCGCUAAGGAAGGUGCCGAGGAGGGUGCCAAGGAGGGUGUCGAAGAAGCUGCCGAAGAUGUCGAGCCGGAGUUGCCCGGUGUCCAGGCUCUCGAGGGCCAGGCACUCAACUCGGAGGGCGAAAUCGUAAACGAAGAUGGCGAUGUCCUUGCCAAACUCGCAGAAGGUGAUGCCGAGAAGGUCAAGGGCAUGACCGUCAACGACAAGGGUGAGGUGGUCGACCAGGACGGCAACGUCGUUGGUAAGAUCGAACUCGCCGAGGGCGCCGAGGAGGCUCUUCAGGAGCUUGCCUUCCCACCGGACGUUCGCAUUCUUGAGGGCCGCCGGGUCAACAAGAAGGGCAAGAUCCUGGACGAGGAGGGUGAGGUUAUCGGCGAGCUGUCCGAAGGCGACCUCAAGGAAUGCACUGGCAAGACGCCCAACGACAAGGGUGAGAUCCUGAACAAGAAGGGCGAUGUCAUCGGUAAAGUCCGCAUCGUCGAAGGCGAGGCCGCCAACGACGCUAUGCGUGAGCUCAGGGCGCGCCUUGCUGAGGAAGAGGCCGAUGAGGAGGAUGAGCCCGAGGAACCUAUGAUGAAGGAGGUCUUCCCCGAGCUCGAAGAACUCGAGGGUCUCCGAGUCAACAAGAAGGGCCAGGUCUUGAACGAAGAUGGCGAGCCGAUCGCCGAACUUGCCGAAGGCGACGCUUCCAAAUGCGCCGGCAAGAGGAUCAAUGACAAGGGCGAGGUUGUCGACAAGGACGGAAACGUGCUUGGCAAGGUUAAGCCCAUUGCGCAGCAGGUCGAGAUGACCCCUGAGGAGGUUGAAGAAGCCAAGGCGGCCGCUGAUGAGGCUGGUGACGCCCAGGAGGGUGCUGAAGAUGCCCAAGAAGGAGCCGAGCAGGCUCAAGAGGGAGCUGAGGAGGCUCAAGAAGGUGCUGAGGGUGCCAUGGAAGGCGUCGAAGGAGAGGCUGAGCAAGCCGCAGACGCUGUUGGCGACGCCGCUGAAGAAGCAAAGGAUGACAUUGAGGAUGCGGGCGAAGAGGGCGCGCAACUGGGUGACGAAGAGAUGGAGGAUGCUGGUCCCCAACUACCACCUCUCUCGAUCCUCGAAGGCCUCAAGGUCAACAAAUCUGGCAAGAUCGUCGACAACAAUGGCGCUAUCGUUGGUGAGCUUGUCGAAGGCGAUGCCAAGAAGCUCUCCAAGAUGGGAGUCCUUUGCGAUGCCGAAGGCCAGUUCUGGGACAACAAAGGUCACGUCAUUGGCCGCGCCCAGACUGUUGCACCCGAAGAACCGGAUGAGGAGCCGCCAUUCGCUGGCCUUGAGGGUUUGAUCGUCGUCAAGGACGGCAAGGUUGAAGACGAAUACGGCAACGUGGUCGGUGUUGUCGUUGAAGGCGACCCGAAGAAGCUUGUCGGCCGCAUGGUUGAUGAGGACGGAGACAUCCUUGACAAGAAGGGCUCAGUCGUAGGUCGCGCCGAGCGCUACGAGGAGCCUGAACCUGAGGCCGAGCCGGAGCCGGAGGCGAUCGACAAUUCUAUCCUGAACGGCAGAGUCGUCAACAAGCAAGGCAACGUCAUUGGUGAUGACGGCGUGCCAAUCGGCCGCGUUGUCGAAGGUAACGCCAAGGAGAUGGCCGGCAGGAAGUGCGAUGCCGAAGGCCAAGUCUGGAACGACCAAGGCAAGGUCAUUGGACGUUGCCAAGUUAUCCCAGAGAACGAACGCGAUCCGAAGCCCGAAGGACCCUUCGCUGGCCUCCAAGGCCUGAGAGUUAUUCCUGAUGGGAAGGUUGCUGACGAGGACGACAACAUCGUUGGCCAGAUCGUCGAGGGCAACCCGAAACGCCUCGUGGGCAUGGCUGUCGAUGAAGAUGGCGACAUCCUCGACCGGUUCGGCAACGUCAAGGGCCAUGCUGAGCCACUAGCCGAAGAGGAGGAAGCACCGCCACCAGACUUGUCCAUUCUUGCUAAUAAGGUACUCAACAAGCAGGGACUGGUCGUCAACGAGGAGGGUAUCCCUAUCGGCCGUCUUGUUGAGGGUAACGCUAAGGAGCUUGCUGGUCGUCGUUGCGAUGAUCAAGGCCAAAUCCAUAACGACCUCGGCCAUGUUGUCGGUCGCUGCGAGCUUAUUCCGGAGAGUGAGCGUGUUGCUAGACCCGAAGGUCCCUUCGCCGGUCUUGAAGGUCUUAAGGUGGUUAAGGAUGGAUUCGUUGAGGAUAUUGACGGUAACCGCGUGGGCGUUAUCUCCGAGGGCGACCCGAAACGCCUCGUAGGCAUGGCUGUCGACGAGGACGGCGAUAUCCUCGACAAGUUCGGCAAUGUCAAGGGCCAUGCUGACCCCCUAAACGAGCCGGAUGAGGAAGCCCCGCCAGAUUUGUCUAUUCUUGCUGGCAAGGUGCUCAACAAACAGGGACUGGUUGUUAAUGAAGAAGGCAUUCCUCUCGGCCGGCUGGUUGAAGGUAACGCUAAGGAGCUUGCUGGUCGCCGCUGUGACGAACAGGGCCAGAUUCACAACGAUCUUGGGCAUGUCGUCGGACGUUGUGAGCUUAUCCCAGAAAACGAGCGUGUUGCUCGGCCUGAGGGUCCAUUUGCUGGUCUUGAGGGCCUCAAGGUCGUCAAAGAUGGAUUCGUCGAGGACAUUGAUGGCAACCGCGUGGGUGUCAUCGUUGACGGUGAUGCUAAGCGGAUGAUCGGCCAUCGCGUCGACGAGGACGGUGACAUUAUCGACAAAUUCGGCAACGUCAAGGGUCACGCCGAGCCUUACGAGGAGCCGGAGGAGGAGCCUGAGCAGGAGGUUGACCUCUCGAUCCUUGCCGGCUGCACUGUCAACAAGGCUGGUAAUGUCGUCGACAGUGACGGCCGUAUCCUAGGUCGUGUGGCCGAAGGCGAUCCUUCAGUCAUGAUUGGCAAGAAGGUCGACGGGAAGGGUCAGAUCUGGGACAACGCUGGUAAUGUCAUCGGCAGAGCUGAGCUUGUUCUGGGUGCAGACACUGCUCCCGAGGGACCGUUUGCCGGUUUCGACCAAGCCGUGGUCCAAAAGGAUGGUACCGUGCAAACGCCCGCCGGUGAUAUCAUUGGACGCGUUAUCGAAGGUGACAUCAAGAAGUUGGUUGGCCACAAGGUUGAUCCUGACGGUGACAUCACGGACAAGAACGGCAACACCAUCGGCAAGGCUGAACGAUGGGACCCUGAAGAGAAGCAAAGGAGAAUUAAUCCCAUGUCCGGUCGCCGCGUCAACAAGGAGGGCGAAGUCCGCGAUGAGAACGGCAAUCUGAUGGGCAGGCUUACUGCUGGCGACCUCGGUCACUGUGUUGGCCUCGAGGUUGACGACAACGGAUAUGUCGUUGACAACGAUGGCAACAAGGUCGGAGAGGUCACACUCCUUGAGAACAUCGUCGAGGAGGAGCCAGAAGAAGAGGUGCCAGAGGAGGAGAUGACCGAGGAGGAGCGACAGAGGAAACAGGAUGCUGAAAUCGCAGACAAGAUGGCCAAUAUUUGCCAGCAGACGCUUGAAAGAGUACAGCCGGUGUGCAAGCAAAUCACAGACCACAUCGAGAAGGCAGACCGCACUCCCCGCGACGAGCUCGACGAAGAGGAGCUUGUCAACAACGUCAAGCCCCUCAUCGAGGAGGGUGGUCGCAUCCUACAAGAGUGCAACGGCGCGCUCCGCGGCCUCGAUCCAGACGGCCGCAUCGCCGCCCAAGCCAAGGCCCGUUCCGGUUCCCGCGAGGCUACGCCCGAGGAGUACCGCCUCGCAGAUGUCCUCAAGGAGCUCACGACAACGGUAGUCACCACGAUCGACAACGCGAAGAAGAAGAUCAAUGACAUGCCGCAUGCGAAGAAGAAGCUCAACCCGCUCUGGGGCCUCAUGACCCAGCCGCUCUUCCAGAUCUUGGCGGCCGUCGGUCUCCUGCUCGCCGGUGUGCUUGGCCUCGUCGGCCAGAUCCUCAACGGUCUUGGUCUCGGUGGUCUGGUCAAUGGUCUGCUGGGCGGCUUGGGCAUCAAUAAGCUGCUCAGUGGCCUUGGCCUGGGCAGUAUUAUGGGCGGCGAUAAGAAGGACAAGAAGAAGGGCGGUGGGGUGUCAGGCCUGCCGAUUGUUGGUGGCCUCUUCGGUGGAAAGUAA